CAGUGAUACAACCCAACUUGUGUAGUGACAGGCAAGUAAGACGGGGCUUGUCAAGACCUAGUAUUUUUUUUACUAAACAGUAUUUAGCUCCAGUUGAAACGGAUCGUGCAAUUCUAGACAAAUGUCCGCACUGCUAAGGUCCUGUGCUCACAGUCUCAGAUAUGUGGAAGGACACAAACACAGCAAGUCGUGGAAAAUAUGCAGCACAAGUUUUCUCCAGUGGAGUCGAUCCCUCCAUGUGGACAGUCCUCCUCAUACGCCGUCUCUGACCAGCAGCUAUGUGCACGGCACCUCCUCCAUCUCUCUGCUCCCCCAGACUAUAGGCCAGACCCUGGACUCCAUAGUUCAGCGCUGGCCUGACCGUGAAGCUGUGGUCUUCCUGCAGGAAGGCAUUCGGAAAAACUUUGCAGAGUUUCAGCAAGAUGUUGACAAGGCAGCUGCAGGUCUGCUUGCUCUGGGCCUGAAGCGAGGGGACAGACUUGGAGUUUGGGGACCAAACGUUUAUGAGUGGAUCCUCUUCCAGUUUGCAUCAGCCAAAGCUGGAAUUAUACUGGUGUCAUUGAACCCGGCCUAUCAGUUGAAGGAAGUGGAGUUUACUCUAAAGCAGGUCCAGUGUAAAGCUGUGGUCUGCCCAACCCGCUUCAAAACCCAACAUUUUUGUGAGAUGCUGCGGGAGCUCUGCCCAGAGAUCGACAUGAAGCCCGAGGGCAUGAUCCAAAGCUCCAGGUUGCCAGACUUGCGUAUGGUGAUUGUGACGGAUAGCAGACAGCCGGGGAUGCUCCAUGUUGAUGAUGUGAUGCAAGCAGGGGAGAGUCGGCACCACAAACAGCUGAUGGAUCUGCAGAACAAGCUGUCCUUCGAUGACCCCAUCAACAUCCAGUUCACAUCAGGGACUACAGGGAGUCCAAAGGGAGCCUGUCUUUCCCACCACAAUAUUGUAAACAAUGCCUACUUUGGUGGCCUCCGUAUGGGUUACGGAUGGAGACCUAAGGUGCGAGUGUGUGUUCCCGUACCACUGUACCACUGCUUUGGAUCUGUGCUGGCAGGGAUGAAUAUGGCUGUGCAUGGUGUCACACUGGUCUUCCCUUCCUCUGGCUACAACAGCCAAGCCAACCUAGAGGCCAUUCAGAGUGAAAAGUGUAAUUUGGUCUAUGGCACUCCCACUAUGUUCACCGACAUGCUCGUCCAACAGGAUUCACACAAGUAUGAUUUGUCAUCAAUUGAAGCUGGCAUCAUGGCAGGUUCCCCGUGCCCUCCUGAGAUUUUGAAAAAAAUGAUAACAGACAUGAACGUGAAAGAGAUAAUGAUAGCUUAUGGAACCACUGAGAACAGCCCCCUUACAUUUUUGGGAUUCCCACAAGACAACGUGGAGCUGAAGACAAAUACUGUUGGAUGUAUCAUGAGCCACACUGAGGCUAAAGUGGUGGACCCUAAUACUGGGGAGAUUGUCCCUCUGGGGGCCUCAGGAGAGCUGAUGAUCAGAGGCAGCUGUGUGAUGCAUGGAUACUGGAACGAUCCUGAAAAGACUAGAGAGGCUAUCUCCCAAGACGGCUGGUACAGGACUGGUGACACGGCCAGUCUGAACAGUUUGGGAUACUGCCGAAUUGAAGGACGCAUAAAGGACCUGAUCAUCCGAGGAGGGGAGAACAUCUACCCUGCUGAGAUAGAGCAAUUUUUCUUUACGCAUCCCAAAGUACAGGAGGUGCAGGUUGUUGGAGUGAAAGAUGAGAGGUUGGGUGAGCAGGUGUGUGCCUGCAUCAGGCUGCGGGAGGGCCAGACCUCCAGUGCAGAGGAGUUAAGAGCUUUCUGCAAAGGCCAGAUUUCUCACUUCAAGAUCCCACACUAUGUGAUCUUUGUAGACAGCUACCCUCUGACAGUCUCUGGAAAGGUCAAGAAGAACGUAUUGAAGGAGGAAAUGGAAAAGAAAUUAGGCCUUUAAUUUUGUGGAGCCUGAUCGACUGUGUUUGAAUGCAUCAGCUGGGAAAGUCUCUGGAAGUCCGUAACUGAUGAGCUGCUGAAUUGUCAUUACUUGAAAUUCUUUUAUUUUUACUUCACAUCUCACUCCUCAUUACUUUGUUGUUUUAAUGUUAAUAUAAAAGUACAGUGAUCUUAUCUCAUCUUUGGGCUUAAAGUUUAGUUAUUCACCUUGGAAAUAGUAGUUAAAAUUAUAACACAUGCUACAGUCGCACAUGGGGUCAUAGGCAAAUACUCAGAAGAGCUUUAGUUUUCCAUAUACCCCUACUCGAGAGAGAACCAAUACUGACCAUGUUUAUUAAUUAUUUUGAUGAUGAUGAUUGUGACCAAAAUAUUAUAAAUAGCAUUUAGCAGCUACUUUAUCUCAUGUAAUUUUUUCACCUAUAGCUUGGAUUUAGUUCAAAUGUGUUCUUAUAGUGCCCUGAUAUCUGCUCUACACCUCGAAGCAUUAUGAAUAUCAAAAUAUGUAUUUAUCAUCAAACUGGAGUCUAUAGGCUUUUUAAUACAAGGUUGUCAUAGGCAGAUUUAAAAAAUAAAAUAAAAAUAAAAUCAUGAUGGCACAGACACUUCAAAAAAAGAAAUUUAAGGUGGUGCAGUGAAGAAAAUAUGUUAAGUUAGUACCAAAAUGGAAUUUAUUCAUAUAUAUUUGUAAGAAUUAUUUUUAUUUUAUUAGAAUGAUAUAUGUUUAUAUGUAGGAUGCCAUAAAAAUGUCUUAGUAUAGUAUACAUGUAUUAUAUAUGUGUAUC